AUGAGUUCGACAAAGAAGACAAAGCAAGGGUCAGUAAAGACUCCUGAGCUUGAAAAUCAUGGGAAGUAUUCUUUGGUCAACAUAUGGGUGGUUACGCUUGCCCUAAAACUACUAUUAUCUAUUGGAUAUCACUCGACGGACUUUGAUGUUCAUAGGAAUUGGCUUGCAAUCACCAGAAAUUUACCUAUAUCGCAAUGGUAUCUUGAAAAAACAUCUCAGUGGACAUUAGAUUAUCCACCUUUCUUUGCUUAUUUCGAGUUGUUUUUGUCUUAUUUUAUUCCACCAAUUGUCAGAAAUGAUGGUUGUUUGGAUAUUGUUGAAAAGGGAAAUUAUGGAAUACCCACGAUUUAUUUUCAACGAAUGACGGUAAUUGUCAGUGAGAUCGUGUUAUUUGGAUCAUUACAAUGGUAUAUCAACACUAGUAAGAGUCAUUCAGCGGCAAGAAGAGCGUAUGUUGUUGCAUCAAGUCUUGUAUUAUCCCCCGGAUUACUUUUAAUUGACCAUAUUCAUUUCCAAUAUAAUGGAAUGAUGUAUGGGAUAUUGAUCUUGAUGAUAAACUGUGCAAGAUUAGAAAAAUAUUUAUGGUGUGGUGCCUGGUUUGCAAUACUACUUUGUUUCAAACAUAUUUAUUUAUACUUAGCACCAGCAGUAUUCAUUUUUUUACUUCGUGCUUAUUGCUUACAAUUAAAGAUUGAUAAGUCCAAAAAUUUUAUCAGUAAUUCCAUUGGAUUGGUCAGAUGGGGGAAUCUAAUCAAGUUAGGAUCAAUUGUUUUAAUAAUUUUCACCGUGGCAUUUGCGCCAUUUUACAAAGUAUUACCAAAUGUUAUUGAAAGAUUAUUCCCAUUUAGUAGAGGAUUAACCCAUGCAUAUUGGGCACCAAAUAUAUGGGCCAUUUAUUCAUUUUUAGAUAGAUUAUUAAUUCAAAUUUAUAAAAAAGUGACCUUGAGUCAAUUACCAUUACAGAAAAUUUUUAAAUUUGAUAGUGAAUUGUUACAAAAUGAAGAUUUAAUUCGUUCUUCAACUAGAGGGAUAGUUGGAGAUAUUGAAUUUUUAAUUUUACCAACCAUUAGCCCUAAAUUAACAUUUGUUUUAACAUUAUUUUAUCAAAUAAUGGCAUUAAUUCCCUUAUUUUUACAACCAAAUUUUAGAAGAUUCAUGGGUGCAUUGACCCUAUGUGGAUAUGCUUCAUUUUUAUUUGGAUGGCAUGUUCAUGAAAAGGCCAUCUUAAUUGUUAUUUUCCCAAUUACAUUCUUAGUAAGUCGAGAUAAAAAAUUAUUGGCUCCUUUUAACUUAUUAGUGAGUUGUGCCUAUGUUUCAUUAUUCCCAUUAAUCUUUACUUCUGGGGAAUGGUUAAUUAAAGUUGUUUAUACUACUUUAUGGUACAUUAUAUAUUACUUUAAUUUUAGAAAAGUGGUUUUACCUUUCAAAAACUUUGUUGGUGACGGUGAAAUAAUCCUAGAUAGAUUCAUCAACGGUUACAUUUUGGGUUUGAUCCCAAUGGUUACCUUGGUUAGUUUAAUUGACUUGUUCGAACACAAAUUCGAGGUACUUCAAAAAUUAGAAUUCUUAAAAUUAAUGCUCAUCAGUGUGUACUGCGGGAUUGGUAUAAUUAGUAGUUGGAAUGGGUUUAAUUGGUUAUACUUUAUGGAUGAAUCCAUAUGGGAUGAUGAAAUAGAUAAUAACUAG